AGGAAGUAGCGGCAAGAGAGAACGCCUGGGGUGACCGCGGCUACAGCGGUGACCGAGCGAGAGGAAGGCGGCGGCGGCGGCGGUGGUGGCGAAAGUCGUUGCUGCUCUGGGUUCGAGUUGGCGAUUGAAGGCCGUACCGGCCGCCCGGAGCAGCCCGGGGGAGGGCACAGGUGGAAAUAUAGAAUUGCUUGGUGUCAGCACUGUUUCCAGCCAUGGGUUUGUCUCCAUCUACUCCUGCUGUUGCAGUUCAGGCCUCAAAUGCUUCAGCAUCCCCACCUUCAGGAUGCCCAAUGCAUGAAGGGAAAAUGAAAGGCUGUCCAGUGAGUGCAGAGCCAUCUGACCCAACCUGUGAGAAGAAAAUAUACUCUGUGCCGGCCCACCAGGAACGCGCCUACGAGUAUGUGGAGUGUCCCGUUAGGGGCACCACAGCUGAGAAUAAGGAGAACCUAGAUCCUUCAAAUCUGAUGCCACCACCCAAUCAAACACCAGCUCCAGAUCAGCCAUUUGCACUGUCUACUGUCAGAGAAGAGUCUUCCAUUCCCAGAGCGGAUUCAGAGAAAAAGUGGGUUUACCCUUCUGAGCAGAUGUUCUGGAAUGCAAUGUUAAGGAAAGGGUGGAAGUGGAAAGAUGAGGAUAUCAGUCAGAAGGAUAUGUAUAAUAUCAUUAGAAUUCACAAUCAGAAUAACGAGCAGGCUUGGAAGGAGAUUUUGAAGUGGGAAGCCCUUCAUGCUGCAGAGUGUCCUAGUGGUCCAUCAUUGAUCCGGUUUGGAGGGAAAGCAAAAGAAUAUUCACCAAGGGCACGAAUUCGUUCCUGGAUGGGGUAUGAAUUGCCUUUUGAUAGGCACGAUUGGAUCAUAAACCGUUGCGGGACGGAAGUUAGAUAUGUGAUUGAUUAUUACGAUGGUGGUGAAGUCAACAAGGACUACCAGUUCACCAUCCUGGACGUCCGUCCUGCCUUGGAUUCGCUUUCAGCAGUAUGGGACAGAAUGAAAGUCGCUUGGUGGCGUUGGACCUCGUAAAGCACUGUUUGAGAUGGGAAAAUAUAAACUAUUUUUCUGAGAGAUACAUUAAACUAUUUUCCCCAAAUUGAAUUGCACUUAUGAUAUAAUGGUAACUUCAAGUGGGUAAUCACACUUUAUCCUUCAUUUAGCGAAGGAUACUAUGCACUACUCACUUUUGAAUUGCACUGUACCUUGCAGUUUAUAGCAGAUCAUUUUGUUUUCUUCCUACUUAGCUUAAGUGGGAAGCAGUACCUCAGUUUUUCCUUACCUGCAGUAUUGCCUGUGUAUUUCAUCUAGGAAAGCCAGAACAACCUCUGUAAAAGAGCAUUUGAAAACUGCUUUUUUUUUUUUUUUUUUUUUUUUUUUUUUUUUUUUUUUUUUUUUUACUGUUUUCUCAGGAAUACUCAAGAUGUAAAACCUGAGAGUCCGCAGUGAUGCUCAGGAGCUUUCAUCUGGCCAAAUAUUUUAACCAAAACUGUUUAUUAUAAAUGAAAGGUAGUUAUGCCUUUUUUAAAAAAAGUUACUAUUAUUUCUAAAGUUCCUGUGAUAUGAUUGUGACCUUUAACAAAAUGCAAAGUUAUAUACUGGAAAGGUACUCAGCAAAAUUCUCUCCAAAUUCUGAUUUAUAUGAAUGUCUUGGACUAGACCUUGUUAUAGAGUACUUUCAACUACACUAUGCUCUGGAACAUACCUUUUAAAAAAAUGUUCCCUUUAAUUCCUGUUAUUCUGAUAUGUAACUGUGCUUCCAACAAACAGAUCACCUCAUUGUCUUUGGCACUUGACAAGUUAUCCCAACUUCGAAUCUCUUUCCUUCCUCUGCUGGCAGCCCCCACCCUCCCCCCAACCCCCAGAAGUUGGCUUAAUCCAAACCUUGAAAGCGCGGGGUAAGUCCCAGUAUCAGUGAUGGUCCCCGGUAAAACAUGAUUUUAUAUUUGGCUGAGUGUUAAAAUUCCUAAGAUGAGUGUUUUUCUGAGAUGAAGAAUGUUUGCAUCAACUCAAUUGGUCUAGAGUUUUUUGGUUUGUUUUAAGGAAGCUCUAAGUUUGCCAUUGACAUUUUUUGUACCAGUAAUCCAUAAACUGGUUGUUCUAAUUAUAGCAGCAUGUUACAAAUGACUGCUGUUUUCUUUUAAACUGUCUAUACUAUUCUUUAAUUUAUUCUGAAUGCUGUUAGUGUUAAAUUAGUGGAUGAAAUUGGCAGCCUGUGAUUAAUUUGGUAUGGAUUUGUCAGUUUUGUGUGGAGUUUAAGAAAUACAAUAGCCUUAAACUCUACAUUUCAAAAUACUUGUAUAUUUAAAAAUAAAGCUGAUAGUUCACA